AUGGGUGACGUAAUCGAGGUAACUUUCAAGACCAUCACUCAACAAAGCUUUGUUUUCUCCUUUGCUCCUGAUAUUACUGUUGGUGAGAUCAAGAAGAAGAUCGAGGAAGAUAAAGGAGCGAAUGAUUACGAAGUUGAACGCCAGAAAUUGAUCUACAAUGGAAAGAUCUUGGAAGACACUCAAAUACUGAAAGAUAUUAACGUUGAUCCCAAGAAAUAUGUCGUUGUGAUGGUCUCCCGGGUGCGUUUAUUUUGAAUUUGAUGAUUUUAGGUCUUGUGAUUUGUGGUAUUUAUAACUAACUUGUUUAUAUUUUGAACACGAUUUUAGAAAAAGCCAGUCGAACAGCCCAAGCCAGAAGAGAAAAAGGAACCAGAAAAGGAAUCUACUCCAACAACUGUCAGCACAACGGCUGCUACAUCGUCCACUCCUGCUGUCGUUGCGGCUCCUGAUGCACCUGCCACCGAGAGUGCUUGUAAGGUAGCAUUGCUUUAUUAUUUGUAUUUUUAGUGACACCUGAUCAAGAAGAACAAGUGAGUACUCUCGUUGCAAUGGGAUACGCUCGCGAUGAUGCUGUCAAGGCGUUGAGAGCCGCUUUUUUCAACGCCGACAGGGCCGUUGAAUAUCUUUGCACUGGAAUUCCGGAUGGAAUUGGUAAGGUUUAGGUAUUAUUUGUUGUUGUUAACUUCACAUUUUUUGUUUCCUGUUUUAGACGAUGCUCCUUCCCAUGCUCUCGAUGAACCGAUUGCUGAGCAAGAUGAGCCUCAAGGAGAUGCUCUGGCCUUCCUCAGAGACUCCCCCCAAUUUGCCCAGAUUUGUCAGAUUGUCCGAAGCAAUCCCGCGAUGCUCCCUGAUGUGUUAAGUCAAGUAUCCCAAUCGAAUCCAGAAUUGUUUGAUGCAAUCCGACAAAAUCAGAAUGAUUUUUUGAGGAUGUUGAAUGAUGAAUCCAUCGAAGGAGGUCAGGAUGAAGGCGAAGGCGGCGCUUUGCCUCACGACGCAGGCCACAUGACUAUAGCCAUCACUGAAGGAGAUCGAGAUGCCAUUCAAAGAGUGAGAUUUAUAAUUUUUUCAAUUAUUUUAAUCUGAUUUUUUAUAUUUGAUGUAAUUUUAGCUCCGAUCGAUGGGCUUUCCCGAACAGCUAGUUAUUGAAGCCUACUUUGCUUGUGACAAAAACGAAGAUCUGGCUGUAAAUUACAUCCUCAGCCGAAUGGAAGAGUCCUAA